ACAAAAAUAUCGUGACUAUUGGUAAAAACGAUUUCUAUCCUUAAACUGUCGGUUUUUAGAUAGUACCUUUGCAUGCCUAUUGCCUUGAGUUUCAGUCAAAGUCAGCUGUCAAGUGACGUUUGUGACGUUUGGUUUUGCUUGGAUUAGGAAAAAAAACUGUGAUUUCCUUCCUGUGUUUGUUUAAUUUGUUUUGUUUACGAAAUAUAAAUCCGAUUGUUACGAUUUCUCUCUAAUUAUAUUUGUUGAGUAUGGUUGAAUAGUUUCCGUAUUUGUUGUACACCUUGGCAUUAAGGUUAAAAGGAGUUAUACAUUUAAAAGGACACCAACUAAACUAAACAGCUAUGGAUAACUUAAAAAAUAUAUGGAAACCUGAACUUUAUCGUAUCCAAGUGGAGGCACCAGUACCAAAACGUGUUAUAUGUGAUAAUUGUCCAAAUAGACCAGAGUUUUAUGGAAAAGAGUAUCAUGGACUGAUGGGCCACAAGGAAGCAGCAUUGUUUCUUGAUGGUGAACCAAAUGGAUCUUAUCUAAUAAGGAAAGGCAAUGAGUGCAAUGAUUUUUACACAUUAUCUUGGAGAUUUAAUGAUAGAAUACAUCACUACAAGUUAUUCUACGAUGGGACACAUUACAUAAAAGAGAAGCGUUACGACAGUAUUUAUGAUUUAGUAGCAGAUGGGCUUAUCAUCUGCCAUAUGGAAUUGAAGGCCCAUCAUAUACUAGAAAUGAUCAACUCUCACACAAACUAUACUGAGAGUCCAUAUGUCACGUUAAAUAGAAGGAAACUAAAAAACACUUUGACUGAAAUUCAUCAGGCACCUAAAAACGCAAGUCCUAUUAACAGGAAUGAUGACCAAAUAUUGGAGGUUGAAUCUGAUGUUAAAAAACCUCUAGAUCUCACACCGUCUAUAGAAGACAGCCCACUCUUGUACAAGUAUUUGAAAUCACAUAACUUCAAGGUGCAUACAUUCAAAGGUCUUAACUGGUGUGAGUUGUGUGCUAACUUUCUGUGGGGUUUCACUGCGCAGGGUGUUAAGUGUGAAGAUUGUGGCUUCAUAGCACAUUCAAAAUGUUCAGAUGUAGUGCCCAACCAUUGUUUGCCAGAUCUCAAGAAACUCAGAGGUGUAUUUGGUAUAGAUUUAACGACUUUGUUAAAUGCACACUCGAGCACAUUGCCCUUUGUCGUGAAGAAGUGCGUUAAUGAGAUAGAGGCGCGAGGAAUGGACUCAGAGGGCAUCUAUAGAGUUUCCGGUUUCGCUGAUGAGAUUGAGGCAUUAAAACUGGCAUUCGACAAAGAUGGAGAGGCAGCGGAUUUGAGUGUGUAUAGCAAUAUAAACGUGAUCGCGGGAACGCUGAAACUAUAUCUCCGGUUACUGCCUGUUCCACUAAUCACCUAUGAGGUCCAUCCCAUCCUGGUGAAUGCUAUCCAAAUGAAAACAACGGCGCUGCAAGUGACGAUGUUGCGCGAAUGUCUGGAUAUGUUGCCGCCCGCACACUUUAACUGCCUGCAGUAUAUGGUACAGCACUUGCAUAGGGUAUCCCAGCAAGCGGACGUAAACAAAAUGUCGGCACACAACCUAAGUACGGUUUUCGCGCCAACGUUGGUCGCCACGCCUCCCGCCAUCACGGAUUUGGCUUUUGAAAUAAGAGCGUUACAAGCACUUAUAGAGUAUUGCCCGCAAAUUUAUUAUGGGAACAAAUGAAUACAGAUAAGCCAAGUUAGAGCGAAACCAGUCGACGUGCAUAUGGCGUGGAGCUUUUAUAAAUAACUCUUCGAUCUCAGCAUUAAAAAUAACAUUAUAUUAUGUCGCUUAAUAUUGCAGUGAAACUUCUUAGGCGGCGAUUCGAUAUCUUAUUUAAACAAGAAGUGAGUGGGAAAUUUCAUGUACCUACGUCAAUGGACUCUAUGUCCUUCGUUACAUGUGAGGGAACUAAGAUAAGGUAACGUCGAGAGAAAAUAAGCGCGACAUUAAGCAUCGCGAAUCGAGGUCUCAGGCGUUGAAAAAAAAAAAAAA